UCUUGGACAGAAUAUGUCUAGACCUACUCUUCAGUUGAAAAAACUGGAAGGAAAAGUUGCCAUAAUCACCGGCGGCGCGAGCGGCAUAGGGGAGGCAACAGCACUACUUUUUUCCACUCACGGCGCACGGGUGGUAAUCGCCGAUGUCCAGGACGAAAAGGGCCAAAAGGUUGUGGAAUCCAUUGGCUCCAACACUUGCAGUUACGUCCACUGUGAUGUUGCUGAUGAACAGCAAGUCCUAGCCAUGGUCGAAUGGACUCUAAAGACUCAUGGCCAGCUCGACAUCAUGUUCGCCAACGCAGGCAUAGUAAGCCGGUCAGAUCAGACAGUUCUGAAUCUCGACUUCUCCCAACUUCACCAUCUCUUCGCCAUAAAUGUAGACGGCGUGGCUGCCUGCGUGAAACAUGCAGCUCGCGCGAUGGUCGCUCAGGGCAUCAAAGGUAGCAUAGUCUGCACGGCUAGUACAUUUGGAAGUAGUGGAGGACAAAUUCGAACAGAUUAUCACAUGUCCAAGCAUGCGGUAUUGGGGCUGAUGAGAUGCGCCGGCAAGCAACUCGGAGAGCAUGGAAUACGGGUAAACUCAGUGUCGCCGAGCGCGGCGGUAACACCUAUGGUUUGGAAUCAAUUUAAGAUCACGGCAGAGGAAGCUGAAGAGGUUUGUCAACUUUCAAGCUUGAAAGGGAAGGCGUUAAAAGCCAAUAAUGUGGUGGAUGCUGUUUUAUUCCUUGCCUCCGAUGAUUCUUCAUGUAUCACUGGCCAGGACCUACUCGUCGAUGGUGGCUCAAGAUGAUGAUGGAUAGUCAUCUCCCACAGGAACAAUUUAAGGUUCUAUCUUAACUUUCUGAAAGCCUACAGCUCUACCCAAAAUGUU